GAGCGCUCCAAGAUGGCGCCCACCGCAGUCCCGCCCGCCGCAGCCUCGGCGCCUCUGCAGUCCGGCCGCGCCUCCCGGGCCCCGCACUAGGGCCGCCGCUGCCUCGCUCGCCGUCGCUGCCGCCAGCUGACCUGUCCUGGAAGCAGCAUAACUAACGAAGCUGCUGCAGGAUGAGAAGAUGGCAGCGCGGCUGCUUGCACCACCAGGCCCUGAUAGUUUCAAGCCUUUCACCCCUGAGUCGCUGGCAAACAUUGAGAGGCGCAUUGCUGAGAGCAAGCUCAAGAAACCACCAAAGGCCGAUGGCAGCCAUCGGGAAGACGAUGAAGACAGCAAGCCCAAGCCAAACAGUGACCUGGAAGCAGGGAAGAGUUUGCCUUUUAUCUACGGGGACAUCCCCCAAGGCCUGGUUGCGGUUCCCCUGGAGGACUUUGACCCAUACUAUUUGACGCAGAAAACCUUUGUAGUAUUAAACAGAGGAAAAACUCUCUUCAGAUUUAGUGCCACGCCUGCCUUGUACAUUUUAAGUCCUUUUAACCUGAUAAGAAGAAUAGCUAUUAAAAUUUUGAUACAUUCAGUAUUUAGCAUGAUCAUUAUGUGCACUAUUUUGACCAACUGUGUAUUCAUGACUUUUAGUAACCCUCCAGACUGGUCGAAGAAUGUGGAGUACACGUUCACAGGGAUUUAUACAUUUGAAUCACUAGUGAAAAUCAUUGCAAGAGGUUUCUGCAUAGAUGGCUUUACCUUUUUACGGGACCCAUGGAACUGGUUAGAUUUCAGUGUCAUCAUGAUGGCGUAUAUAACAGAGUUUGUAAACCUAGGCAAUGUUUCAGCUCUGCGCACUUUCAGGGUACUGAGGGCUUUGAAAACUAUUUCGGUAAUUCCAGGCCUGAAGACAAUUGUUGGCGCCCUCAUUCAGUCUGUGAAGAAGCUGUCAGAUGUGAUGAUCCUGACUGUGUUCUGCCUGAGUGUUUUCGCCCUGAUCGGACUACAGCUGUUCAUGGGGAACCUGCGAAACAAGUGUGUCGUGUGGCCCAUAAACUUCAAUGAGAGCUAUCUUGAAAAUGGCACCAAAGGCUUUGAUUGGGAAGAGUAUAUCAACAAUAAAACAAAUUUUUACACAGUUCCUGGCAUGCUGGAACCUUUACUCUGUGGGAACAGUUCAGAUGCUGGGCAAUGCCCAGAAGGAUACCAGUGUAUGAAGGCAGGAAGGAACCCUAACUAUGGUUAUACAAGCUUUGACACUUUCAGCUGGGCCUUCUUGGCAUUGUUUCGCCUUAUGACCCAGGACUACUGGGAAAACUUGUAUCAGUUGACCUUACGAGCAGCUGGAAAAACAUACAUGAUCUUCUUUGUCUUGGUCAUCUUUGUGGGCUCGUUCUAUCUGGUGAACUUGAUCUUGGCUGUGGUGGCCAUGGCUUAUGAAGAGCAGAAUCAGGCAACAUUGGAGGAGGCAGAACAAAAAGAGGCUGAGUUCAAAGCAAUGUUGGAGCAACUUAAGAAGCAACAGGAAGAGGCACAGGCUGCCGCAAUGGCCACUUCUGCAGGCACUGUUUCAGAAGAUGCCAUUGAGGAAGAAGGUGAAGAUGGGGUUGGCUCUCCUCGGAGUUCAUCCGAAAUUUCUAAACUCAGUUCAAAGAGCGCCAAGGAAAGACGUAAUAGGAGAAAGAAGAGGAAGCAAAAGGAACUCUCUGAGGGAGAAGAGAAAGGGGAUCCUGAGAAGGUAUUUAAGUCAGAGUCAGAAGAUGGUAUGAAGAAGAGGGGCAUUCGAAUAGGGAGGAAAUUCUCCAUUAUGAACCAGUCACUGCUCAGCAUCCCAGGCUCACCCUUCCUCUCCCGCUACAACAGCAAAAGUAGCAUCUUCAGCUUCCGGGGUCCUGGGCGGUUCCGAGACCCAGGUUCGGAGAAUGAGUUUGCAGAUGACGAGCACAGCACCGUGGAGGAGAGCGAAGGCCGCAGGGACUCGCUGUUCAUCCCCAUCCGGGCCCGGGAGCGUCGCAGCAGCUACAGCGGCUACAGCGGCUACAGCCAGGGCAGCCGCUCCUCGCGCAUCUUCCCCAGUCUGCGGCGCAGCGUGAAGCGCAACAGCACGGUGGACUGCAAUGGCGUGGUGUCGCUCAUCGGCGGGCCGGGCUCCCACAUCGGCGGGCGGCUACUGCCAGAGGCAACAACAGAGGUGGAAAUUAAGAAGAAAGGCCCUGGAUCUCUUUUAGUGUCCAUGGACCAACUGGCCUCCUAUGGACGGAAGGACAGAAUCAACAGUAUAAUGAGUGUUGUUACAAAUACACUAGUAGAAGAGCUGGAAGAGUCUCAGAGAAAGUGUCCACCAUGCUGGUAUAAAUUUGCCAAUACUUUUCUCAUCUGGGAGUGCCACCCCUACUGGAUAAAACUCAAAGAGAUUGUGAACUUGAUUGUUAUGGACCCUUUUGUGGACUUAGCCAUCACCAUCUGCAUUGUUCUAAAUACGCUCUUUAUGGCAAUGGAGCACCAUCCUAUGACGCCACAGUUUGAGCACGUCUUGGCUGUAGGAAAUCUGGUUUUCACUGGAAUUUUCACAGCAGAAAUGUUCCUGAAGCUCAUAGCCAUGGAUCCCUACUAUUAUUUCCAAGAAGGUUGGAACAUUUUUGACGGAUUUAUUGUCUCCCUCAGUUUAAUGGAACUGGGUCUAGCAGACGUGGAGGGGCUUUCGGUGCUGCGAUCUUUCCGAUUGCUCCGAGUCUUCAAAUUGGCCAAAUCCUGGCCCACCCUGAACAUGCUGAUCAAGAUUAUUGGAAAUUCAGUGGGUGCCUUGGGCAACCUGACCUUGGUGCUGGCCAUUAUUGUCUUCAUCUUUGCCGUGGUGGGAAUGCAGCUCUUUGGGAAAAGCUACAAAGAAUGUGUCUGCAAGAUCAACCAGGACUGUGAACUCCCUCGCUGGCACAUGCAUGACUUUUUCCAUUCCUUCCUCAUUGUCUUUCGAGUGUUAUGCGGGGAAUGGAUUGAGACCAUGUGGGACUGCAUGGAGGUGGCAGGCCAGGCCAUGUGCCUCAUUGUUUUUAUGAUGGUCAUGGUUAUUGGCAACUUGGUGGUGCUGAACCUCUUUCUGGCCCUGCUUCUGAGUUCCUUCAGUGCAGACAACCUGGCAGCCACMGAUGAUGAUGGAGAAAUGAAUAACCUACAGAUCUCAGUAAUUCGUAUCAAGAAGGGUGUGGCUUGGACCAAAAUAAAAGUGCAUGCCUUCAUGCAGGCUCAUUUUAAGCAGCGUGAGGCAGAUGAAGUGAAACCACUGGAUGAGUUAUAUGAAAAGAAGGCCAACUGCAUUGCCAACCAUACGGGUGCAGACAUCCACCGGAAUGGUGACUUCCAAAAGAAUGGCAAUGGUACAACCAGUGGCAUUGGCAGCAGCGUGGAGAAGUAUAUCAUUGAUGAGGACCACAUGUCCUUCAUCAACAACCCCAACUUGACUGUACGGGUGCCUAUUGCUGUAGGCGAGUCUGACUUUGAGAACCUCAACACAGAAGAUGUUAGCAGCGAGUCAGAUCCUGAAGGCAGCAAAGAUAAACUGGAUGAUACUAGCUCCUCAGAAGGAAGCACCAUCGAUAUCAAGCCAGAAGUAGAAGAAGUCCCUGUGGAACAGCCUGAGGAAUACUUGGAUCCAGAUGCCUGCUUCACGGAAGGUUGUGUCCAGCGGUUCAAGUGCUGCCAGGUCAACAUUGAGGAAGGGCUAGGCAAGUCUUGGUGGAUCCUGCGGAAAACCUGCUUCCUCAUCGUGGAGCAUAAUUGGUUUGAGACCUUCAUCAUCUUCAUGAUUCUGCUCAGCAGUGGUGCCCUGGCCUUUGAGGACAUCUACAUUGAGCAGAGGAAGACCAUCCGAACCAUCCUGGAAUACGCUGACAAAGUCUUCACCUACAUCUUCAUCCUGGAGAUGUUGCUCAAGUGGACAGCCUAUGGCUUCGUGAAGUUCUUCACCAAUGCCUGGUGCUGGCUGGACUUCCUCAUCGUGGCUGUCUCUUUAGUCAGCCUUAUAGCUAAUGCCCUGGGCUACUCGGAACUAGGUGCCAUAAAGUCCCUUAGGACCCUAAGAGCUUUGAGACCCUUAAGAGCCUUAUCACGAUUUGAAGGGAUGAGGGUGGUGGUGAAUGCCUUGGUGGGCGCCAUCCCCUCCAUCAUGAAUGUGCUGCUGGUGUGUCUCAUCUUCUGGCUGAUUUUCAGCAUCAUGGGAGUUAACCUGUUUGCGGGGAAAUACCACUACUGCUUUAAUGAGACUUCUGAAAUCCGAUUUGAAAUCGAAGAUGUCAACAAUAAAACUGAAUGUGAAAAGCUCAUGGAGGGGAACAACACAGAGAUCAGGUGGAAGAACGUGAAGAUCAAUUUUGACAACGUGGGGGCAGGAUAUCUGGCCCUUCUUCAAGUAGCAACCUUCAAAGGCUGGAUGGACAUCAUGUAUGCAGCUGUAGAUUCCCGAAAGCCUGAUGAACAGCCUAAGUAUGAGGACAACAUCUACAUGUACAUCUACUUUGUCAUCUUCAUCAUCUUCGGCUCCUUCUUCACCCUGAAUCUGUUCAUUGGUGUCAUCAUUGAUAACUUCAAUCAACAAAAGAAAAAGUUUGGAGGUCAGGAUAUCUUCAUGACUGAGGAACAGAAGAAGUACUACAAUGCCAUGAAAAAGCUGGGCUCAAAGAAACCACAGAAACCCAUUCCCCGCCCCUUGAACAAAAUCCAAGGUAUCGUCUUUGAUUUUGUCACUCAACAAGCCUUUGACAUUGUUAUCAUGAUGCUCAUCUGCCUUAAUAUGGUGACAAUGAUGGUGGAGACAGAUACUCAGAGCAAACAGAUGGAGAACAUUCUCUACUGGAUUAAUCUGGUCUUCGUCAUCUUCUUCACCUGUGAGUGUGUGCUCAAAAUGUUUGCCUUGAGGCACUACUACUUCACCAUUGGCUGGAACAUCUUCGACUUCGUGGUGGUCAUCCUGUCCAUUGUGGGAAUGUUCCUGGCUGAUAUCAUUGAGAAAUACUUUGUUUCCCCAACCCUGUUCCGAGUCAUCCGAUUGGCCCGUAUUGGGCGUAUUUUGCGUCUGAUCAAAGGCGCCAAAGGGAUUCGUACCCUGCUCUUUGCCUUAAUGAUGUCCUUGCCUGCCCUGUUCAACAUUGGCCUUCUGCUCUUCCUGGUCAUGUUCAUCUUCUCCAUCUUUGGGAUGUCCAAUUUUGCAUAUGUGAAGCACGAGGCUGGUAUUGAUGACAUGUUUAACUUUGAGACAUUUGGCAACAGCAUGAUCUGCCUGUUUCAGAUCACAACCUCAGCUGGUUGGGAUGGCCUGCUGCUGCCCAUCCUAAACCGCCCCCCUGACUGUAGCCUAGACAAGGAACAUCCAGGGAGUGGCUUUAAGGGUGACUGCGGGAACCCCUCAGUGGGCAUCUUCUUCUUUGUAAGCUACAUCAUCAUCUCCUUUCUCAUUGUUGUGAACAUGUACAUUGCUAUAAUCUUAGAGAACUUCAGUGUAGCCACAGAAGAAAGUGCAGACCCUCUGAGUGAGGAUGACUUUGAGACCUUCUAUGAGAUCUGGGAGAAGUUUGAUCCCGAUGCCACCCAAUUCAUCGAGUACUGUAAGCUGGCAGACUUUGCAGAUGCCUUGGAGCAUCCUCUCCGAGUGCCCAAGCCCAACACCAUUGAGCUCAUUGCCAUGGAUCUGCCAAUGGUGAGCGGGGAUCGCAUCCACUGUUUGGACAUCCUUUUUGCCUUCACCAAGCGGGUCCUAGGAGAUAGCGGGGAGUUGGACAUACUGCGACAGCAGAUGGAGGAGAGGUUCGUGGCAUCCAAUCCUUCCAAAGUGUCUUACGAGCCAAUCACUACCACACUGCGGCGCAAGCAGGAGGAGGUGUCUGCAGUGGUCCUUCAGCGCGCCUACCGGGGACAUUUGGCAAGGCGGGGCUUCAUCUGCAAAAAGAUGACUUCCAAUAAGCUUGAAAAUGGAGGUACGCACCGGGAGAAAAAGGAGAGCACCCCCUCCACAGCCUCCCUCCCAUCCUAUGACAGUGUAACUAAACCUGACAAAGAGAAACAGCAGCGGGCAGAGGAAGGAAGAAGGGAAAGAGCCAAAAGACAAAAAGAGGUCAGAGAAUCCAAAUGUUAGAGGAGAGCAAAAAUGAAAUGUUAUAUCAGUUUAAAACUUGCAAGUGAAAGAUUGUUUACAAACUUCCUGAAUAUUAUCAAUGCAGAACAGCUGUGGAGACACUGUAACCUGAAGAACUAUACCAAAUGUAGUCUGCUUACCAUGUGACACAGUUGCAUCUUGAGCAGUGACCUGCCAAGGGCAAAGGACCCUGCUCCCUGGACUCACAGAUUUUUCUAUUGCUUGGGCAGGUGGUUACUGCAUGUUCCACAUUCAGUCAAUGCAACUUAGGACAAAACUAACAGGAUACAAAAACAGGAGAGGCUGCCGGGACCAGCAUAUUUCCGUUGCAGCCAAAUGGAUUUUAUUUUUUCAUUUUGUUGAUUCUCAGAAGCAGAAAGCAUCACUCUAAAAAUUUGUUUGUUCAUGCAAACUAUAUUUGCAUUCUUACAUUAGUUAAGCUAAGCAGCAAAAAGAAAACACACACACACACUCACAUUUAGCCCAUGUCAUUUAAUUGUCAGUUUCUUUGACAUAAACCGCAUCUUCUCCACAUGGGCUUCACGUGUUUUGGAGAUGGGUGGGGGAAAACAAUCAGGUUUUUUCAGGCUGAGGAGGACUUGCUCAGGCCAAUUCCAAACAUUGUGCUCGUUCAAUGCGUAGAAAUGAUUUGCAUGAUGGCAUGCCGUGAUCAGAAGUCAUGCAUGAGAUCCAUACACCACAGGACACUACUAAUCCUGUCCCCUGCAUUGGGUCAGCCUUUGGACAGGACCCAGCCCUGCACCGUUCACUGUAUUUGGAGAAAAUGGUAAGAGUUCCAUACCGGCUGCAAUUCUUUAUAUGAGUUCCUAUAAGUCUUUCAUACACCUUCUGGUAGGGAAACAUAGUCAAUCAAUUGAUCACCACCAAAAACAAAAAACAAUCCCAGUCCAACAAGCAGAUGGAUCCGUUUCGUGUAUUUGUUUAACAGACAUCUCUAACAUACAGCCAUUGUUGCACAUUUUGCAAGAUGAACUAUUUAAUGCUGCUCUGUGUCUAGUACAUGGGGAGACUUUGAUCCCGAAUGGCUUGUACUAUUAAUGUCACUGUAAAACCAAAUCCUAGGGCUAAAAAAAAGUUCAUUUGUAUUUUGCAAUAUUUAUGAUGAUUGUUUAGCCUUCAUACUGGAAAACUGACACUUAAAUGGGGUAGAGAUAAAAGUGCUGUUCAGGGUAGCAUGUUAUCUCUAGGAGGUAUUUUGGAGAACUUAAAAUGACAU